AUGCAUUUAACAGCAUUUACAACUGGAAGUAGCUCUGGUGGUGAUAGGGAACUAUUGGUGCAGCACUUGCUUGUCAAAGAAAAUGACCUUAACCUUUUAGUGGAACUUCAAAAAAGGGUUGCAGGAGGGGAGGAUUUAAGUGAUCUUGCUGUGGAGUACUCUAUUUGUCCGUCAAAAGAAGAGGGUGGAGUGCUUGGUUGGGUUAGAAAAGGACAAAUGGUACCAGAAUUUGAAGAGGCUGCAUUUUCUGCACCAUUAAACAAGGUUGUACGGUGUAAAACCAAGUUUGGAUGGCACUUGCUGCAAGUUGUAUCCGAGAGGGAAGGAUCGUUGCUUGGUGAAGUUCAACCAAGUGAGUUGCAUGAGAGAUUGCAAGAUCCCAACUUCACAGAAACAGUACAGCUGAUCGAUGUUCGAGAGCCAGAAGAAAUUGCCAAAGCAUCUUUACCAAGUUUUCAGGUUCUUCCUCUUCAACAAUUUGGAACUUGGGGACCCGAGAUUACAACCAAGUUUGAUCCUAACAAUGAUACUUAUGUUAUGUGUCACCAUGGGAUGCGAUCAAUGCAAGUUGCCAGAUGGCUGCAGUCACAGGGUUUCAAGAGAGUGUUCAAUGUAGCUGGAGGUAUUCAUUCUUACGCUGUGAAUGUGGAUCCUUCAAUUCCAACCUAUUAGGAAACUAAGAGGUAGCAGUAUCACAACCAAAGAAACCGCGAAUUUUGUUUUGGACUUCCAUGUCCUUUUCCCCUUACCAUCAAGAGUUUCCAAAAUAGGCGCCAUAGUUUAUUUGUGAACUCUUAUUUUGAUGGAGUUGUAAUGUCAAUGAAUUCUUAUUUGAAUAAUUUAUUUUAUGAGAAAUGAUUUUAAACUGUCCAA